CUUGAUCCACAUGCUGAAAUGCAACAUUGGCACAGGACUCCUGGGGCUUCCUUUGGCCAUAAAGAAUGCUGGCUUAUUGGUGGGUCCUAUCAGUCUUCUGGCCAUCGGCAUCCUCACUGUACACUGCAUGGUCAUCCUGCUGAACUGCGCCCAUCACCUCACGCAAAAACUGCACAAGACUUUUGUCAACUACAGCGAGGCCAUGAUGUACAGCUUGGAAACCUGCUCGAACCCUUGGCUGAGGGCUCACUCCAUGUGGGGAAGGUACAUGGUCAGCUUCUUAUUAAUCAUCACACAACUGGGCUUCUGCAGCGUCUACUUUAUGUUUAUGGCAGACAAUUUUCAACAGAUAGCAGAAGAAGCCCACAUCACCUCCAAGACCUGCCAACCCAGGAAGAAUUUGGUGCUGCACCCCAUCCUGGACAUCCGAUUCUACAUGCUGAUCAUCCUGCCCUUUCUGAUCCUACUGGUGUUUGUCCAGAACCUCAAGGUGCUGUCAAUCUUCUCAACAUUGGCCAGCAUCACCACCCUGGGGAGCAUGGCUCUGAUCUUUGAGCAUAUCCUACAGGGGAUCCCGUUUCCCAGCGACCUACCUUUGAUGGCCAACUGGGAGACCUUCCUACUGUUCUUCGGUACAGCCCUCUUCACGUUUGAGGGUGUCGGUAUGGUGCUACCUCUCAAGAACCAGAUGAAAAACCCACAGCACUUCUCCUUUGUUCUGUACAUUGGGAUGUCCCUGGUCGUCGUCCUCUACAUCCUCCUAGGGACACUGGGCUACAUGAAGUUUGGAGCAGACACCCAGGCCAGCAUCACCCUUAACUUGCCCAACUGCUGGUUGUACCAGUCAGUCAAGCUGAUGUAUUCUGUUGGCAUUUUCUUCACCUAUGCACUCCAGUUCCAUGUCCCUGCCGAGAUCAUCAUCCCGUUCGCCAUUUCUAAGGUGUCAGAGGACUGGACGCUAUGUGUAGACCUGUCUGUUCGCACAGGCUUGGUCUGUCUCACCUGUGUCUCGGCCAUCCUCAUCCCCCGCCUGGACCUGGUCAUCUCCCUGGUGGGCUCUGUGAGCAGCAGCGCCCUGGCCCUCAUCAUCCCGCCCAUCCUGGAGAUCACCACCUUUUACUCUGAGGAUCUGAGCGGUGCUACCAUUGCCAAGGAUAUCAUGAUCAGCUUUCUAGGCCUCUUGGGGUGCAUAUUCGGGACCUAUCAAGCCCUCUAUGAUUUGAUUCAACCUGUCAAUUUCAUAGCUAACUCCACUGAUGUCUAUGCAUAAUUCUCAAUUUUUAUUUUAAUAGCACUCCCUUCCUCCCAUCCUAAUUUGACUUCCCUGUGGAUGCUGUAUACAUUCAU